AUGCCACGGGGCAAGCUACCAGCAGGAAGCCUCCCUGAGGACUCUGCUGUGGGCAGCGCACUCCCAGAGAUGCCUGCAGAGGAGCAGGGCCUAAGCAGCAGCGCUGCAGCACAGAUCCGGGAUAAUACUGGCGCCAGUAGGCCAGGAUUUGGGCAGGCGGGCAGCCCAGAGAGGGUAGAGCUGAGCACGCCAGUGCAGCGCACCCCUGCUCGGCCGCAGCAGGCCUCACCCGAGGAUCCUGUGCCUCGCACGCGGCCGAGGCGGCCAGGAGCGGCGGAUUUUCCUGCUGGGGAUGCAGCAGGGAGGCUCUCGACAAAGCGCAAGGCGGAGGGGGAACUGCGACCGCCGGUGGUGUCGGUGGCGGUGCCCCCCCGGCCUAGCGGAGGCAACGCCCCCGGCGGCACGCUCACCCAGCAGCCGGGCGCCAUGUCUGCAGAGGCGCUAUCGAUCGCGCUGAAGGCGCCGGCGCCGCUGAUGCCGCAGCGGCCGUCGCAGCGGGGGGACUCUGCGGCUCCCCCGCCCGCAGCUGUGGCCACCGCCCAGCCGCCACAGGGGGGACUCAUAAAGGACGCGGGCCUGGAAGCUGAGGCUAUGGAGAAGACUCUGCGGCAGAACUAUGGCAAGGGGGACGAGGAGAAAGGCUUUCCCAGGUCGUCCAGCGGGCACUUUGAUCCCACAGGCUCGGUGGUGAUGCGAAUCGAGUACCUGUGCGAAAUAGACCUCAAGUGGACAAUAGCCUUCAUUCACUGCGCGGAGCUGGUGGGCCUAGCAGCGCUGAUUCUUGUGCUGUUGGCCAAGCUGUUCAAGAAGGACAACUACUUCAUCGCAGACAACACUCUGGUGCUGGUCAAUGCAUGCACCGGCAUCAUCCUGUGGCUCGUGCUGCUGGAGUUCUUCGCCAUCUACCUACACCACAUCCACCGCGCCAACAGGCACGCCCUUUUCCCCUUUGAGCUUCGGCGGUUGUGGUCACGGCGGCGCUUCAAGAGCACAGUGGUGCUAUUGGUGGAGGCCAUCUCGCAGCUGCUGAAUUUGUCAUUCUUCAUAAUUGCCAACGUGUACGUGCUCGUGCGCCCAUGUGGCUGGCGCGAUGACAUCGUGCUCUGGUCAGCCUUUGCCAGCUGGACCUGCUGGAACACCCUCUUCCUGCUGUCCCUGGUGCGCGUGCACAACCUGAACCUGUGGCUGGACAGGGAGGGCAACCCCAAGGGUGACCGCGCCGAUGCUACCCUGCUCGACGCCCCCUGGGCAGUGCACACACCCAAGCUCAUUCUGUGGGCGGGCGCAGAAGCACUCAAGGCCACCUCCGUGCACCUCGUGCUCAACAGGAAGCACAUUACACCGCCGUACAUGCCGCCGGGGACAGAGGGGGAUUGCCGCAGCUGGACAUACGACUGCAGGCAUGACAACCUGACUGUGGUGCUGAUCAGCCUGGAGUCGGCUGUCUUUCUGGCCUACUUCGCGCUGUUCUUCUUCUACCUCGGCCGUGCCUUUCACCAGCUGCGAGCGCGCAACUACAGGCGCAUUGGUGCCACGCGCAGGGAUUUCCGGAUGGCAAAUCUGUCGGUGCGGCUGAUAGUGCGCACGCGCGUGGCUGGCAUGGCAUUCUUCGUGGCCUGCGUAGUCAUCUAUUAUUACGUCAAGCUGGGCAGCUGCCUGUCCUACGUGGCGGCCGCGCUGGGCCUGCUGCCCAUGCAGUUUGUCAUGACAUCACUAAUCAUCGUCAUGCUCUACAUGUUCAUGCCCAAGGACCCUGACGCCCAGGACCAGGUCCUGCAGGUGUGGCUGCAAGAAUUUGCGUGGACGGAGGCGGAGAAGCUGCGGCGGCUCAAGGAGCGCAGCAGCAACCUGCGCCUCACCAGCAUCGUGCGCGAGGAGGUCGACCGUGAGCCCAUGUUCUGCUUCGAGACCGCCAUCAAACUCUACUACUUCUCCCACAUCAUCUACUUCUACGACAAGCUGGACGGCGUGCAGUCGGCGACGGCGGGCAAGCCGCGGGACGAGAUUACGCACAUCGGCGUGAUGCGGCGGAAGCUCACGGCUUCGCUGAGCAAGCUGCGCCAUGGCAAUAGCAGCAACUCGCGCAUCGUGAAGCCGACCGCGAAUAAUCUGGCGAUGGCUGCCGCGGCCGCGCGCGCCGAUGGCGGCACCGGGGAUGGCGUUGGGGAGGAGUCGGUGCACGCCGGGGAGGAGCAGGUGGAUGGCAGCUCACACGGGCGGUUUGCAAGGGGGAGCUCGGGGUCGAACUCAACUUCUGGGUCGAGCGAGGGUGCUUCGCACGGUCGGCGCGGGCGCACGCCGUCGGUGAAGGCCGAAGAUUUUUCGUUGGAUGCCGCCAUGGGCCUCUAUGGCCUGGAGCACAUGGAGGUGAUGUGGGAGCGGCGGCAUGACACAAUGGCGCUGCUGGGCUGGGGGCCUGGUCGCAUUGUCAUCGUUUUUCGCGGCACAAAUUCCCUCAAGAACGUGGUUGCAGAUCUGCAGGCGUGGCAGGUGCCGCACCCGCCCCGGCGCGGCAGCCCGUUCUGCAGGGGCCGCCCGGCGGUGCACCAGGGAUUUCUGAAGUCGUGGGCGGCCAACGGAUUGGACCAGCGCAUCAUCGCGCGCGUGCUCGACAUCGUCACCUCCCACGAAUGGGCCUGCACCAAGGUGUAUCUGACGGGCCACUCGCUGGGCGGCGCGCUGGCAAACCUGGCGGCGUAUGACAUCGCGCGUUCCCUCGAGCGAUUACCUAAUCGCGUGACGCGAGUCAUCUGUUACACGUUCGGAUCCCCCCGCACCGGCAACCACGCGUUCGCGCAUGACUACUGCCGCGUCGACGCGGUGGCGCGCAAUGCCAAGUUCUGGGUGCUCUACAAGCGGCCCGGGCAGCGAGUGCUGAUCAAUGUGCGCGGAGACAUGCUCGUGCGGCCCUCCUUCGCCGAGAUGUCCAUCCAGCAGACACCCGUGGGCUCCUCUGUCUACCAUCAUUACCUGCUGGCAUACCGGGACGCGCUGGCCGCCAUUUGCCGCGCCCAAAUGAACCGCAAGAAGCGCCUGCAGGGGGGCCUGGCGGGGGUGAUGGCGCUGUUGGAGGGUGACGAAUUUGUGCGCGGAAUUUUGGAGCCUGCGGGGCUGACGCUGAACGAUGUGCGCGAAAGCCAGACCGCCUCGCUGCGGCGCCUCAGUGUGCACCCGUCAACCGACGCCAUGCCUGACACUUCUGCAGUACGCCGGGAUGUCGUGGCCAGGAACUCGGUGCUCGCGCCGCCGCAGUCGGCCUUUGAGAGGUCCGCGGCUGCGCACGCCGGCUCGCUGCAGAUGGGACGGCUGUCAUCGUCAGCGCGCAAUGAGGCCGAUGCGAUGGAGGCUGGCGAGAUCGGGACCGUGGGGCUGCCGGGAAGCAACUCGCCGAGAUCCCUGAGCAGCGCCGAGUCCUGGAAGACCGCUAUGUCCACCGCCAGGCCCAGCGGUGACCUGGACGCCUCGCUGGCGGGCCUGCCUCCGAGCAUGCUGGGCCCCCGGCGCGACUCGGUCGGUGCGCAACCUGCAGCCUCGCGACCCGACGGCUCUUCAGCCGCCGACGCCAGCCGUAACGGGGACGAUGACUCGGACAACGCAGACGGCGGCGGCGGCGGCAGCGGCGGCGGGAUUGCUGGCACUGCGCAGCAGCGGGCGCCUUUUGGGCAGGUUGCCUCGCCCGCUGGGCAGGUUACGUUGUCCACCACGGCGGAGGGAAUGCCGUCUACGUCGCGCAACGCUGCCGGGCAAGACGGAUGGCGCGUGGAGGACGUUACGCGCAAGGGUGCUGCCUCAAGCGCUGCGGCCGCCUUUGAGAAGGAAAAUGCGCAGCCCAACGGCCUCGUCAGCGCUGCGGCCUUCCUGCGGGCCUCCCACAACCCCGAAGAGGCGUGGCCGGCGAGUGAGGGCAGCUGGGAGGAUACGUCAGUGGGGGAGAAGCAGGGCUCCUUCCCUGGCUUCUGGCGUCUGGGCGAUCCUGGCACUCAGCCGCCGCUUGACAACGGCGGUCUGCCGGCUGCGCCAUCGUUGAGCGACGCCGGCUACAGCCCGAAGAAGCCCAGCCGCUUCGCUGAUGGCAACAGCGCGGGCCUUGAUGGUGCCAAUGCGGGCAUUGGGACACAAGCGGCAGUGACGACUGCGGGCGCGGCGGCCGCCGCAGCCGGUGCGACAGCAGCCACAGCAGAGCUUCAAGGUAAAGAAGCAAAUCGUGAAGCUUCGGAGCGGAUCGUUGAUGGUGUGGCAGCUAGCAGGGACGAAGGGGCCUUGAGUGGUGGUGAAAGCCGCGGAGGCAACGCAGCAGCAGACGCGGCUGGCGGCCAGCACGAUCUGGGUGUGGCGACCGGCUUCACUGGCGCGCCUGGGCUGCUGCAGCGGCCGCAGAACCAGUCUCCGGGCGAAGCCAUAUCCAGCUUCCUCGCAGCGCAGCGCGCUGGCGGCAAUAUCUCUCCACAGGUGCGGAUAGCCGCUGCCUAUGCGCUCGCGAACGGGGCUGUCAUCCAGAAGCAGAAGAUGAAGGAGCGUGCGGCGGCCCGCCUGACGCACAGACAGGCCGAGCAGAAUGGGGCAAUGGAGGGAAAUCCAUCUGCAGGCGGAUAUCUUUCAGGUGGAGGCAGCGCAGAUGCAGCUUCGGCACAGCUGCCGAAGCUGGCGGCAGAGCCCCAGACGCCGCGGACAUAUCGCGUCAACUCGGAGUUCUACGGCAGCCCCGACGCAGCUUCCGGUGCGGCUUCUGUGCCCGGCGGCGCGCCGUCGGUUGGCGGCCCUGUCAGCGCUGCAACAUCGGGCGCACCAGCGGGGGUGCAGGCAGCUGGCGGUGCAGGGAUCGCCCCAGGAGCAGGGGAGCCUGGGCUGGAGCCUGUUUUGGCCGCAGCAGGCGCCGAGGCCAGCGCGGCCGGUGGCGGCCGGGACGCGGCCGCGUCGUCAGGAGCCGACAACGUUUUGGGGCCGGCUGAAAUGCCGGCAGCCCGCACUGGCUCCGCGGGUGAGGCCGGCAAUGGCACAGGAAGGGAGACAGCCGGCACAGCAGAUGGAGAUGCGGACGAAGAUUCAGAGCCGGUCUCCAACCGGUCGGGCAGCUGGCUGGGGUGGCUCGGGUGGAGCCGAGGUGGCGACGGCGCUGCAGAGGGUGACUCGCAGGAGGUGCGGGCAGCGGAGCAGGCGGGCGCAGCCGACCAGGGAGGUCGGCACGCUGAGGAGGGUGUGGGUGCGGUCACCAUUGGCAAGGGGGCACCCAGGAGCGGAUCUAACGAAUCUUCCCCUAGAUCAGUGGACACACCGCGCCCGGCCAUCUCUCCAGGGGCCAGGGCGGAUGUCCCGCUGACGCCGGAUCAAGGCGAGCCGGGGAAACAACGCGCGACCGGGAGCACAAAGACGGCCAGCGGCAGCAGCGGCAACAGCCGCCGCAACAGCGAGAGCACCGAGGGUACCAGCGAGGGCGGCUGGCCCUCUUCCUCCUCCGGCGGCUGGCCAAGCUCCUCGUCCUCCGUGGACGUGCAGGCCUACCGCGCCGCCCUCAGGGAGCGGGUCCUGGGGGGCAGUCCGGUGAGAGAGGGGCAGGGCGGGGUGCCCUGGGACAUGGCCGGCAUUCUUGGUGGAGGCACCGCCGUCAUGCAGCCGAUCCUGGAGGGAACUCUCCACAGUGCCGACGCCGGGUCGGGGGCGCGAGCCGCCGUGCCGGCUGCCGCGGCGGCAGCGGCUGCAGGCGCAGCAGCGGCGACUGCUGCCGGUGCCUCUUCAACAGGUGCUAGCGGCAACCAGCAGGCCCGGCUAGCAGCCUUGCAAGAAGCGUCUGCCGCUACUGAUGGCUCUCCUGUUCGAGGAUCAGGGACGGCUGCUUCAGGCGGCCAGCCUGAUGGGUCGCGAGGAACAGACGCGCCGCAAGGGGCAGAGGUCAGUGGCGCAGGCGGCACUGAUUGGAGGCAGCCGGCAAGCGCUCAGCAGCAGCAGCAAUCUGGGCCUGAGACAUCCUCUCAGGCUGGCGGCGGCAGUUCUGACGGUGCCACCGGUGGCGACACGGCAAAGGUCUGCUUUGCGGGGCUGUCCCCUGGAGAUGGGGGGCCUUCACGCUCCGCAGAAGCUGGCGGAGGUAUCUUCCCAGCAGAUGCUGGCACAGCUGCGACGGAGCAGGGCGGCAGCAGUUCUUUACUAGCAUCCCCAUUAGAAACCAUGCAUUCUGGGGCAGCGGGUGAUGAUCGGGGUUCAGAGUUGGGAGGUGGCGUCAGCGCAGAGCCCAGCUUCACGCAGCUCGCCAGGCCCAUCACUGCCGCAGCCACAAGAGCGUCAGGGUUUGGAAGUUAUCAGGACCUGCCGGCCGGCGGAGCCGCCGCGCCGGGGCCGACGCCGGCAGAAUUUAGCUUCCUGGCAGGAGCAAGGGACCUGCAGCCGCUGGCGGCUCCGAUGACGUCCAUCGGCGGUCGCUCUGGCGCCAAGCGCAGCGGAAAGCGCAAGGCCGCCGCCGCCCCCGGGGCCGGAUUACUGAGCCCCGCCAAGCCUGACGCAAGCGCCAUCGUGCCGAGCGACGCCAACAUGGCCGACGUAGCAGCGGCAGGGACAGAGGACGUAUCCACAGAGGAGGAGGACACCAGCCCGCGCUCACGCGCAAUGUCGGCAUUCCUGGCGCGCCGCAAGGCGGCCGCCGGCGAAUCGGCCGCCGCCGCGGCAGCCGUUGCCGUCAGGGCGCAGCGCGCGCCGUUGCGCCGGCCCUCGCUGCCGACGCAGCAGCUGGUGCCUGCCGAGACGGGGCCGCUGAUGCCGCGCUCGGCCACCAACGACGGCAUGCCGGAGUGCUCGCAGCCCAGGGUGCGGCGCAAAGCAAGCCCGCGCGAGCUGGCGGAGGCGUUCAAGGGCCACGGGCUGCGGCAGGCCACGUGGGCACCCGUCCCCAUAUUCUGGGCGCGCUCCGUCGAAGAACCGGCUGUACACCGCCCCCAGCUGCCGGGGAUCCCCGCAGCCGCCACCACGGAGCAGACCUCCCUAGGGCACUCGAGCAGUCAGCCAACUGGGCAUACUUUACCGCCAGCAGUGCAGCCAGAGGCGGGCGCUGCGAUGGGUGAAGCUGCGGCCAAGGAGCCCAGCCCAGCAAAAGGACCGGAGACUCCAUAG